CGUAAGUCUUGAAUUUGUCACUGGCCAUCGAAUCUUGCCAAUCCGGCCAAGAUAAAGAUAUUUGUAAAACAACAAAAAGAUGGAAGAAACCGUUGCUGUGCCAGCGACAGCCCCCCAAACGGUGGAAAACAUAUCACAGGAAAAGACACGAAUUGACGCUGAGGAGAGCCACAAGUCCCCUAACGAGUCGGAGUAUGACAGUGCAGGGAGUUACAGUGAUGAAGAGGAGGAUAAAGCGAGGUCGAGGAAUUCCAGGGAGCACACUGAUUCGGAAACUGAAGGCAGUGUAGGGCUGGAGCGGGAAUCUGGCGACGGACAGGAGAGUUUGCCUCUCAGGAAGGUGGACGAUGAUGAGGACAAGAAAAACCCCCAGUACAUACCCAAAAGGGGCACUUUUUACGAACACGAUGACCGGACAGCUGAUGACGAGCAAACAGCUGAUAAUGUAGAAUUGGAGAAGGAAAAAGAACAGAAGAAAAAAGUAUGGCAGGAUAAGAAGGAAAGGUGGAGUCAUGAUCGUUUUAACGACUCUGAGCAAGCCCCCAAGUCCAGGGCUGAACUUGUGGCCAUCUAUGGGUACGAUAUUAGGAACGAGGAAGGUCCCCCUCGAGCUCGAAGGCGCAGACGAUACGGACGUGGCCCUAACAAGUAUACAAGAAACUGGGAAGACGAAGAUGCCUACAACAAACCGCCACCUCUUAUUCGUAAAAAGAAACCCCUCAGAAAGCCCAAUCAAGGCGAAGACUUUCCGCCUCUAAACCGCUCAAGUAAUCAAGAAGACCCGCAGGAUAGCAGAGAUUACGAAGAGAAAACAGACCAGUACCAAGCUGAAACAAACGGUAACACGAAAAAUUCAGUAUGCGAGUCUCCGCAGUCUCCGCCAGUCCCACCACAAGAAUCCAACAGGAUGCAGCAACGCGUCGGUUCUGGCCGUGUGGUUAAACCAAAACGCGAAAUCAAGGAUUCAGAUUAUAGGGGUUUUACUACAAAAACACGUCAAGUUAGGAAUAUGAAAACUGAUCAAAAAGUCGUCCCGAAAUCCUCGAAAAAAGACGAUUUUAUCCAGUCGCAAAAUUUUACAAAUAAAAAUAACAACAUACAAGAGCUAGAAAAGGAUUUAUCAAAAUUGAACGUUCAGGAUGGGGUGCAUAAAGGGGGUAAACACGGGGGACAGAGACAAGGCAGCGUCCCACCAAGACUCCAAUCGGAACAAAAGGGCUCCAAACGGUACAGUUCCAUCAGACAGAGGUCGCUUCCAGAGUCGGCAACGCCGCCGUUCUCGCAGCACUCGAAUUACUACUCAAAUGAAUUCAACCAAGCACCGAAUCAAGUGACCAUUCAUCAAAACGCGCAGAUUCAUCCGUCCACGACUCAAGUCCCCCAAAUCGCGCCGCCCCCUCUGCCCCCCAUCCCGCAGGUUCCCGUCACGGCAGCCCCCAUCCUGCAGGCGCCCCAAUUCGCGCCUCCGUUCGCCCAAGCUCCCCCGUUUUUACAACCGGCGCCCCCUCCAUUCAUCCCUCAGCAAACCCCCCAAAUUAUCAACUACGUGCCGGGUCAACCGCAGUUCUCUCAGGGGUAUCAGGGCUACCAGCAGCAGUUCAAUCCUGUGACUCAGCCUGAGCUGUACCAGCCCCAGACGGGGAUCACGUACUACUCGACUGACCAACAGGUGACGCAGAGGGCGGCACCGCUCAAGCGUCCGAAAGCUGCGAUCCCGAUUGUGGCGCCUCCGCCGAUCGAUCUGAAAGGUAAGGUCAAGGAGGAGGACGCGUUGGCAACCGAGGGGUAUGUGUCGACUGCCAACGAUGGACAAACAAGCGACAGUGGCAGCGCUCAGGAAUCAAAUUUACAGGAUUGUGGUUAUGCCAGAAGAUAUAGUCUCUAUUAAUUUACAUAUUUUAGCUUCCUUUAUUGUUUAUUUGAUACAAAAGUUAUGGAAAAUCAAUAAACGCCACUAAAAAAGCGUCACUUACUAAGUUUAGCUGAUAGAUCAUUACAAGUGUUCUCAUUUAUUUAUGACAGACAUUUUACUUUUCAUUGUGUAAAGUUUUUGUAAUACUACAUGUAUUAAAUAUUUAAAAAAUGUAA